AUGUCAAAAACAAAGCUAGGAGAUGAAUUCUGGAAAAAAUCAGAGAAAGUUAAUGCUGAGCUAUUUGUUUUGACGUAUGGAUCAAUUGUUGCACAAUUAUGUAAAGAAUAUGAUGAUUAUGCUCAAGUAAAUAAAGAACUUGAUAAAAUGGGAUAUAAUAUUGGUGUGAGAUUAAUUGAAGAUUUUUUAGCACGAACAAAUAUAGGCAGAUGUAAAGAUUUUUGUGAAACAGCAGAAGUAAUUGCAAAAAUUGGAUUUAAACUUUUUCUUAAUAUCACACCAACAGUCGCAAACUUUUCUCCUGAUAAUAAACAAUUUUCUUUAAUUUUUGAUGAAAAUCCACUUGCGGAUUUUGUAGAACUCCCAGAUGAUGGUAGAGCACAAGAUGAGCUCUGGUAUUCAAACAUUUUAUGUGGUGUACUUAAAGGAGCAUUAGAAAUGAUACAACUCCAAGUUGAAGCACAUUUUGUUAGUGAUGUAUUGCGAGGAAAUGAUCAUACAGAAAUGCGGGUUAUUUUAAUUCGAGUAAUUGAUGAAGAGCUUCCUCCUUUAGAAGCUUAA